AAAAUGUUCUCUAAUAAGAAUAGCGUUAGAAAGCAUUUACUGCUGAUUGUUUUUUACUUCAAUACAGCUGAUAGUGAUUUAUCAUAGUGAUUUAGGGCACUGCACUGCCUAGCGGGGAGCGGCAGUCAACUCGCGAACCUCCUAGCUCCUCCCACCCCUUCCCCUCCAACUGGGUUGAACCGACACGGCGCAGUCUGGCGGACACUUCGAACAUCGUUCUGAGAUUUCCGAGCUAAGGUAGAGCCCACCCUUAAGCAAUCAUGGAGACAAGGUGGAAAGUGUCCUAGGUCGGCAGGAGCCGCCCUCUUAUCCUGACAUGGGGGAGCUCCCUCGACAUGAGCGAUGAUGGAAACAUCACAAAUCUGUCAGAAUAUCGUAGUGAAGAAUCCGAGAAGGUGGUUGAGUCGUCGCCCUACGUUGUAUCCAUAGCAGUGCUCCUAGUAUUCGUGCUAUCUCCCAUGAUAUUGUGUGGCAACUCUCUCAUCCUCACUGCCCUGUACCGCUUUAAACGUCUGCGUACACCCAGCAACUACUUGGUAAUUUCUCUGGCCACCUCUGAUCUGGGUGCUGGGUUGUUCCUCCCUCUGGGCAUGUACCUGGAGCUGACCGCUGAACAUGGUCUUCCCUCAAGCCUCUGCGUGCUGCCUUACUGCUUCGGCAUUUUCACUUGUAGCGCAUCGGUGAUAGUGAUGGCUGCUAUUGCUGUGGACCGCUUUACCUCUCUAGCCCAGCCGCUGCGCUACAACAACCUCAUCACCCACAGAAGUAUGGAGCGCUACAUCCUCAUGUUCUGGCUGUACGCGGGCCUUGUCGCUCUCUCACCUCUCCUGUUCUCUCAGUACUCCAGAGCUCCCGUCCCAGUCUGCGCCUUCAAGGCUGUCAUUCACAAACCCGUCCAGUUGUUUCUGUUCUGCGCUGUCUACAGCCCAUGUGCUCUCAUUUUACUUGGAUGCUACUGUUACAUAUACGUGGUGGCCCGAUACCACGCCCGGGCCAUCUACACCGUGGAAUUGUCUCUUCGGCAACAGGACUGCUCACACACCCGCUACGGUCAAACACUUGCGAUCACAGUGGGCCUCUUCAUUUGUCUGUGGAUGCCCUUCCAGGGGAUGAUGCUGUCCGACUUGAUCACCGGCAGCUCCAGGUUGGCAGGGUGGACUGCGAUAUUUCUCGCUCUCCCAAUCUUCGCGAGUUCCGCGGUCAACCCAUGGGUGUACGGGUACCGCAACAGUGAGGUUCGCAGUGCCGUACAGCGAGUCCUGGAGGAACUGCUGGGCUCUAUAGGUCUGGACAGUCCACAGUACGUGUGCCCUGAGCUGCUGACUGCUACAGGCCCCGGUGAUCACGCCGAACUCAACAGCUUUGCCUCCCACGUUCGACUGUGUGCCGUGUCUCCCAUCCGCUGCACCUCCCUCCUGAUACCUCCCAGUCGCGGCUCCGAGCUCACCGAGACCACCAACCGAGGACUGGAACCCGAGGACGAGCCAGUCAACCUCACGGCCAUCCUGCAGGAGCUCAACUCCAAGGAUUGAGACGCUUUGGACGGUUCAUCCUAUUUUCGUCACUUCUACAGUGACGCAACCCGUGCAGAGCUAUAGGAUUACGCAAAGGGAAAUUGUCAUUUAAAUGCGAAAUGUCCAAUAAAUUGGACAUUGGAAUAGCCAAUAAAAUAACAGCAUAAAGGAAGCAGAUCAAUCAGAAGAUUUUAUUAGUACAUUAAACGUUAAUCCUGCAUUAGGGAUUCAGAUUCAACAGUGGUGAAUCUUUUGUGAUGGUAAAAUUUUAACCCACUACAUAAGGUUGAAAGGGUUAUUGUUGGUUUGACACUUGCCUAUAAUCAAAUAUGUCUAAAAAGGUAUUUCACCUUAAACACCCUAAAAGGUGUUUUCAACAUAACGUUAAGACUUUUGAGGUAUACAAUGUUUAAUUUUAUUUUGCAAUAUUUUAAUAAUGUUACUGCAAAUUUACAUCACUAGAGGAUCUACAAAAAAUAGCAAUCGAUUUUAAACUAACUUCCUGAUGAGCUAGAGACUUGAAAGAGUGUAUGUAUGUUUAGUAGAUUUUCGUCUCCAAGCCAGUUUCAGUGUAAAAUAAUUUUUUUUAUCAACCACGAAAUCAUGCUUAGUUUGUCAAGUGGUAAUAAUGGUUUUUGUUUUUAUUAAAGGGCAAGUGGAUUGAAACGGAAUAUAAUUUAUAAGUCCUGGGGAAUUGGAGCCAAAAGUCUGCAUUUAUCAAUCUUAAAAUAUAUAAAUUAAUAUCAAUGAAUAAAUGAAAUAGUUAUUUGUGCAACUAGUGAGAAAAGUGAGCAAUUGACUCACUCGAGAGAAAUCCUUACUCACGAGCCGUAGGCAAGUGAGGAAUGGUUUCUCGAGUGAGGCAAUUGUACUUUGAACUCGAGUUGCACAUUAUACUUUUCCUACAGUUACCAUAAAAAAAAAAAAUGGUGAAGAAACAUAACCUAUUUUUACACAGAAGUGAACAUUUAAUAUAACAUUUAAUGUGAAGUGACAAAUACAACAGUACAACAGCUGACCAGCUGAUUUACAGCCAGUGCUGCCAACGUAAUUCGCGCGCAUACGACGUUGCCUGCAUGUUACGCGCUCACUAUUUCGUGCCUUCACGUUGCAAAUCUGGAGUGAGACAAAGUAAUUAGAGUGAGACAAUGUUAACAUUGUCUCAAUGAUGAGCGAAUUGGCCACUUUGCUUUCUUAAAUCAGUGAGAGAACAUGUACAUUGUUAGGUAACUGUAGGAAAAAGUAAUUUUACUUUACUGUAAUAGUAAUUUGCGUAACUCGUAAAUAUUUUAAUACUACGACGAGGUAGGAUAAGGAUAUCGUUCAAAUUGCGAAAUUGAGGUAUAAGAGGUAAAUUAUUCACACAAUGAAAAAAGUUAUAAAUAAAUAAUUUAGUUCCUCUUGAUAUUUUUUCUGUUUCUUUGUCGGUUCAUUUAAUAGAAUAAUCUAUGCCGAAGCAUGUUUAUUGUUUAACCAGAUUACAUUUGAAAUUAGAUUUUAUUAUUGUCCGUUGCAGUCUUUGGCUCCAUGGAAAAAUAAUUCAUUCAAGCUAGGCCAAAAUAUAUUUGUUAUCUUUUGUUUAGGUUUUCUUUUUAAUAGAACAUUAUGCUAACUUUACUGCCUUAAAUAAUUUUUUAGUUUUAUUUUUACCUAGUUGUCUCGUAUCCUUAAUCCGGUGUGUGCAAAGAUUUCUUCAGGAUUUCCUGUAUUUCCUUUUCCGCGGAAGUUUUUUUUUUACUUGUACGGCUAGAUAGAGCUCGGCUUCCGUGUGAGUUUAUUUUACAACACUCUUUUCCAACUACUAUAUGUACAAAUGUGUUAUGCCGAAUUCUUCAUCCUGUAUGUCCGUACCUAUGGUUGUGAUGGUUGAACUAGUUUAGAUAUUUAAUGUUACUUUGAGUUGUUAAUAAAGUUUGUAAAUAGAGAUGAUCCAUCAAAAGUUAGGCCUACUUCUAUGUUUAUAUUUUUAUACUAAUUUUAUUGCAUUUUUACUGCCACCUAAUGUAAAACUCGAUAAUUUAAUGUUGCAAAACCAAGGUAAAUAUAUUCAAGUUAAAUGGAAUGAU